ACGACAACUACAAUUGACUGAAAUCGAACUGAAGUAAAUAACAAACGAAAUUAACAAAAAAAUACGGAAUUUUUCGGCCAAUAACAACCACACUGAAUAAAAUAAAAAAUAUAUAUUUUCUAUUCUUUAGAACCGGAUCGAACUACUUAUAAUUUUCCUACAACAUGACUACUUUGGACGAAGAAGAAGAACUAUUAAAUGUGCAAUCUCUUCAAGAGGCUCAUACUGUUGUAAAUUCAGUGAUUCAACCGCCUCUCGAAGGGGUUUUAAAGCAAAAAACUGAGCAAGAGCGAUUAGAGAAACAAAAGCAGCAGGAGGAAGAACAAAAGAAGAAAAGAGAAACUCGUCGGCGUGUAUACGAGACAUGCGGCAGCUGUCCCGAACGCUUCUUUAGCAGCAAGAAAACUAUUGUCACAGAAGAUUCCGAUUCAACGGAAGUCGAAUCGUCCACCGAGGAGGAGGAAAGAUGGAAGGACAUCGCGCGUACUGCGGAAAUACCCGCCGAAUACUAUAACAUACAGAAGUUGAUUAAAUAUAUCAAAGCGGGUAAUCAAACGGCGACCAUUGUGUCGCUCUGCUGUCUGCGUGACUACGAUUUGCGCACGCAAAUCAAUCAAAUGGCCGUUCAAGAUAUCGGUGGUUUGGAGGUGUUGGUCAAUAUACUCGAAUGCAAUGAUACACAUUGUCGUUUGGGUUCGCUGUAUGUGCUCUCUGAGAUCUCACUGAAUAUUGAUAUACGUAAGACGAUCGUUGAUUUGGGUGGCAUACCGUUGAUAGUGGACAUUUUGAAUUCGCUGUCGAAGGAACUUAAGACCAUGGCAGGUGAGACCUUGGCUAAUGUGUGUAAGGUACGUUUGGCAAGGAAAUAUGUACGCACCUGUGGUGGUAUACCGAUGUUGGUGGACAUGCUCGAUGUGAGCUUGCGUAUUCUACAAACACCGCUGGAGGAACUCAACUCAAACGACUUGGAGUGUUUGUAUAUGGCACGUGCCGGUGCUCGUGCCCUCUGGUCUCUAUCGCUUUCUCGCCAUAAUAAGGAAUUGAUGCGUAAGAGCGGUAUUGUUCCCCUGAUGGCUCGUUUGCUCAAGUCCUGUCAUACAGAUGUUGUUAUACCCAUUAUGGGUACAAUACAGGAGUGUGCUUCGCAGCCGAAAUUUCAACUUGCCAUCACUACCGAGGGUAUGAUCGCUGAUAUUGUGACCCAUUUGCAUUCAGAUAGUUUGGACUUGAAAAGCGAAGGUAGUACCGCUAUUUACAAGUGUGCCUUUGACCAGACUACACGUGAUUUGGUACGUUCCGCUGGUGGUUUGGAGCCUUUGGUCGCCAUAAUCAAGGAUAAAAAUGUGCGUGAUAAUAAGAAACUGAUGAUCGGUGCUGCCGGCGCCAUUUGGAUGAGCGCAGUGUCGGAGGCGAAUGUGAAGAAACUGGACUCGCUACGUCUCAUUAAUCAUCUCAUACCGUUAUUGAAUGAUGAUUCCGACGAUGUAAUCACCAAUGUGGUUGGUGCCAUUGCCGAAUGUGUACGUUUCCAAAAUAAUCGCGAAGUCUUGCGUGCGGCUGGCGGCUUACCGGCUUUGGUGGCAUUGUUGAACUCCUCACAUCCGCCGUUGUUGGUAAACUUGGCUAAAGCAUUGAAAGAAUGUGCUGAAGAUAUAGACAGCAUGCGUAUUCUGGAAGAUUUGGAUGCGGUGCGUUUGAUUUGGUCACUGUUGAAGAAUACCGAUCCAAAGGUACAAGCUUAUGCGGCCUAUGGCAUCUGUCCGUGUGUGCGUAAUGCACGCGAAUCGGGUGAGUUGGUGCGUAGUUUGGUGGGUGCCAUGGAAUUGGUGGUGGAUUUGCUCAAGUCCACUGACCCGCAGGUAUUAUCGGCAGUAUGCGCUGCUAUAGCAACUAUUGCAAAGGAUACAACGAAUCUAGCGAUUUUGUCCGAUCUUAAAGUGAUCUAUAAGUUGGCUGAUUUGGUUAAUACUACCGAGGAUUUGUUGCGUGAAAAUCUGGCCGCUGCAAUCGCAAGUUGCGCCACAUUUGGCAAUAAUACACAGGAGUUGGGUCGUCUACGCACUGUCACACCGAUUGUCAGCUAUCUGACUAGUAAUGACCCGGCCGUACAUCGCACCACAGCCAUGGCGCUGGAGAAAUUGUCCAUGGAUCCACAAAACUGCAUCAUUAUGCACCAGAGCGGUGUAGUACCAUUCUUGUUGGAAUGCGUUGGUUCUACGAACAAAGAGACACAGCUAGCUGCGGCUGGUUGCUUACGUAACAUACGUGAAUUGGCUUUACGUGCCGAGGAGUACCUGCUGAAGAUCGAUGAGGAGUACUAAAUGGCUAGAUUGUGAGUGAGGAGGUUACAUAUGUUACAGAUCGCCGCGUUGUAUGCAAAAUACAAAUAUCUCAUAUAUUUUUUAGUUAUUUAUUACUCGUGCCUCAUGAUUUCUGCAUACAAAUAUAUCUUGUAGAAAAACUGCUUCUCACUGAUAGCAAUAAAUGAUACUGACUCAA